AUGGCCAUCAAGUUAUUAAUUAUUAUUUCUUGUGUAAUCGUCGCUGUAUCAUCUGCUGGAAUACUCGAAACACUUUUGUCAUGGGACCUACACGAAACAGAAGGAAGAUCAUCGACGCCUCAAUCAAAGUGUCUUUGCCAAACAUCCGGUUGUUUGUGUUGCGUCGAUCUUAAUUUAACGUCAACGAUCGAUCUCGGUGGCCCGGCUUGUGUAAAUAUCAGGCAGAAAGAAGACAACGUAUCGUUGAAUCUCAAUUACGGUGACAAUCCUGUACACAAUGCAACCAUAAAGAUAGCGGACGCGGCUAACAAACCGACCUGUAUGAAUCUACUUUCGGAUUUGGCCCAGUUGUGCGCCAAGUUUACGUCAAUCAAGCGACACGACCAAUCAGAUUACGAUGGCUGUUUGGUUAUUGAACCAGCAUUGAUGCGAUCCCCACAGGCGACUUAUCACGUCGGUUGCUUUAAUUUCAACCACAAUGUUAAGCAAAUUCAAACUCCUCCAGAAAGCAUCGAAAGCACAACAGAAGCUCCUGAUACACCGGAAGAAGAAGAUGAUGAUGAAGAAAUUAAUACCGAUGCGAUAUUAGCCGCGGUAUCAGCAAGCGCUGAACAAGGCAUUGCACUUUUUUCACAUUGGCUCGGCCUCAAUCUCAAUCCUCGAUUAAAUCUCACCAGCAACAAUAAACACACACAAGAAACUGCUGCUUCAAGACAAGAAGUAACAAAUAAUUCGAACGAUGAUGAUAAUAAUAAUAAUAAAACGGAACGCAAUGCCCGUAUGUUUGAUCACUAUCUUACCCUGGAAGAAAAAAGUGAUGAGAGAUUCAAACAAUUACUAAGUGCACAGGACAAUAUUGUUAAAGAAUCGGCGAGAAUCGGGCACGCUGAUGAAGGCAGGACGACUUUUGUUUAUGCUCACCAACAAAAACAACAGAAACAACAGUCAGUUGACAGCCCACAUAAAAUAAAUCUACCGAUUGUACCAAGGGAGUCACGUCGCGGUGGACGUGCUUACAAUAUUCAUCAGCAUGUUAACGAAGUGUGA